AUGCCGACAAAAUUUUAUGACAAACUAUCGCAGGAUUUCACAAAACUUCUUGAACUUGGAGAUGGUUACGACGUGAUCAUAAAUGUAGGAGAUGACAAUGGGGAGGAAUAUGAUAGCAAAACAAACCAAAUGGGUAGCGUUGAUGAAGACACGAAUAAAAAGAUUAAGACGUCGUUUAAAUUACAUUCAGCAAUAUUGAGAUUCAGAUCCGAAUAUUUUAACAAAGAAUUGACGGACUUGAGCCCUAGGAACAGUGAGAAUGUGAUAGAGAUCAGGAAGAAACACAUCAAGCCCGAGGUGUUUGGGGUCAUCGUGAAAUACCUAUACGGUGGUAUAAUCGCACUAGAAAACCUCGAAGCCUCAAUGAUUUUCGAACUAAUGGUAGCAGCCAAUGAAUUCUUUCUCGAUGAACUUGAUGGCAAGAAUAGCAUCAAGAACACAAAAUCGAGACAAGAUAAUUGGUCCAGUACAAGGGAUAGUUUCAUCUUUUCGCUGAGCGAAGGAAAAUGUAUAUUAAGUAGGGUUUCGAAUCCUGGUUAUGCGUUUUAUUAUAACGCCAGGUGGGGUCCGAAUUUCGGAAAUCAUGAUUUGAAGAUGACCGGUAAUUAUAGAAAUGGCAAGGGAACGGAAUGUAAACAGGUUAACUACGAGAAACCGAUUAGGAAAAGCAAUGGACCAUUUUCAAUCGAUGAUUAUGAGGUGUUUGAAGUUUGCCAAAGGAAGGAAUGA